AUGGCGAAAAAGACCACCAAGAAGAAGCAAACCACCAGUGAACGCGCGGCUAGCGCUGAGACCCAAGGUCGGAAAGCAGGCCGUGGCGCAUUGUCGAAGUUUGAGGAGUUCGACGUCUCUCAGGUGCUUCAAAAGGAGCAGGAAUCACAGCAAGUAGCUGUGCAGGUUGAUGGGCAACCCGAUGUGGCUGCCAGUGGGGAAAUUGCGCCUCUUGUUUCCACCACAUCUGAGCAGGUGCGAGUUGGGAUGGCGUGUGAGGGAGAUGCAGCGGCUGGGGAGGGAGCAGCCGACCCCACAGCAGCCCCGCUUGCCAUUCCACAACUUAUUCCGCCGGAGCCGCCAAUCGAAGUGCCAGCUGACGAUGAACUGGUUCCCCUGCCGACACUUCAGGUGGUCCCGAUGAUGAACCGCACUGCAGAGGCGCAGUGUGGACUUCUCAAGGAACCCGCACCACCAACAACGAUUCGACGAGUAACGCAGCCUGGCGCGCCCGCUCCGGCGAUGCCAACAUCACUGAUGGAGUUGCUAUGUUCAUGA